AAGAGUUAACGACGCACGAAUACGAAACUUUACUGUAAAAUCAGACAAUGGAAGGUGAAAAAGCUUGGUGUAAACGCCACGAUCUCAACAUCACUGUUCUUUGUUAUGACCUAAACUCACAUAGCGCUUUCACACAAAUAUAGGCGAGGAGGGGACGUACGUGAGCCCCUUGUCACCAUGGUUUUUAGAUAUAUCUUAUUCCUUGGAAUUAUUGCUGCACUUGAAGCAGUAGACUUCUUGCACCAAGCAAACGCUGGGGUUCACAGUCAUGACCAUGGUAAUUAUGGACACGGUGAUUUUGGUGGGUAUGAUGGGUACGAGGAUGAUGGCGGGUACGACGACAGCCAUUACAGUGAUCAUCCUAGUCAUGGUGAAUAUGGUUACCGUGGUUACAACGGUGGUCACGACUCGCAUGGACACGGUGGUAGUUCCCAUGGAUACGACGUAGAUCAUAAUGCUCAUGGGUAUGGCGGAGGGCACCAUGGGCAGAAUGGCAGGAGUGGAUAUAUUCGCCAUCAUGAUUCCCACAGUUUCUAUAGUUCGUCUCAUGGCGGAUAUGAUGAUGACAGCGGGUAUAAUGGUGGGCACGAUGGAUUCGAAUUUCGACACGGAGGUGGAGGUUACGGUUCGAAGAGAAGAGGAUACAAAUCCUCUAGAAACUACCGGAAGGAAUUCAAACCGAAUAUAAAGCAGUUGCUUUUUAUCAAAGCUUCAAAGUUUGCCACCAUUCUUCUCAGAUGUUCAAGCAAUGAUUCGACAUUGGAAGAGGUCUGCACGUAUGGAGCGGGUCCAUUUACCGUGUUUGCCCCAACCGACUAUGCGUUCGACAAGCUGUCAGACGACCUGCAGGUCGCCCUGGAAGAAUGCAACCAGACCGCCAUCGACUUUCUGCGGAACCACAUAGUGAGCGGGUUUGUGAUGAGCAAGGAAUUCAAGAACGAAGCUUCUUUCCUGACUCUGAAUAACGACAGGAUUCGCGUAACGAACGAUGGUUAUGCUACUAUUGCCUCCGGUUCAAAGAUAUUGAAAAGAGACCUGUGGGCCAAAAAUGGCGUCGUUCAUUUGGUCGACUGUUACUUAUGUUUCCCAUUCUUGGACCUUUCCAACACGACAGAAGCCCAAAGUAUUGCCAGCGAUAACAAUUUCCAGAUUUUCUUUGAUCUAUUUAAUGGAGUGGAUCUCUUUGACCACACAGACCACACAGACGACUACAACGACCACGGAUACUACAGCGGGUAUGGGAAGGGUUGCACUUUCUUAAUCCCCACAGAUGACGCUUUCAACAAUCUCCCAACAGAAGUUCAAAAUUUUCUAAUGGCCAGCGAAAACUCAGAUGUCUUAAAAGAGUUGGCCAAAUGUCAUAAAAUAAUUGGGACUUUUUAUGAGAAGUCCCUGCAUUACGACAUGGCAGUGAAGACGAAGUGCGGACUCAAGCUUUGGAUCACGAAGGCUUAUAACGGCAGCAUCCAAGUUAAUGGUGCGACCCUGCAGACGACAGAUAUUUGUACAACCAAUGGCGUAAUUCAUACCAUAGAUCGUCUGAUCAUUCCACCAGAUCUUUAUGACGAAAUUUUUAUGCUUCCUGACGCUUACGGCGAUCCCUGUGGGCACCUGUGCGAACAAUAUGAGAGGAAACCUUUCGAAAGAACAACAAGUACUGUCACAGCAACGACAGUAGUGAGGACCCUCACUGACACAUUGCCUACCGCUCAAACAAUUCUUUCUACGGUCAGCACGUCUGCCUCAACAGACACCACCACUGGAAAAGCGGAGACGACCACUCAGAAAUAUGAUCACAAGUAUCACCAUCACCACCACCACCACCCCAACCCAGGCCAUAAAGAACUCAUUAAGUCAUUGCUUAAAAUCUUGCUUUUGAAAAAAGGACAUAUUUACGACUCUCUCCACGCUCACAGUGGUGACAGUCACCGAUACUCAAGCAACAAUGAUGGCGACAACAGCACUAAUACUGGUCAAGUUAAUAGGAUACACAACCAUUUUGGAAACCAUCAUGGGGACCAGCUUGGUAGAUCUGAAGAUGGUACCGUUCACAAAAAUCAGGAAACUACCAACCGGAAACUUGAAGGACGAUUGAUCGAAUUCAUCCGAAAAAGACUAAAACAGUUUAUUGUUGAGCGUCUGCUACAGGCUGAUGGUGAUGGGGAUUCGCACUCUCUCGAGUCGGCGAGCCUAAGGCGGGGCAACGGUACGGUUCACGGGUUCGAAAACGGGACCUCUCCAGCUUCCAGUCCGCAGAGCAAUGGCGACUCAUCAGUGAAGAAGUCGGAUCUUGAGGACGCUGAAAUAGCAGGGCUGACAACAAUAGUCACAGAAGACCCAGAGUUGAUGGACAACUUUUUGCAACAAAUGUUAGAGCUAGAUGACGUUGUGUUUAAUAUAAUGGAAGAAGUAUUUGGCAUGGACGUCAAACUGAUGGUGGGCUUGUUGCCGGAGGGGGACCUCGAGGCGCCAGCCCACGUGCAACAAGCAAUACAGGACAUGCGCGCAGAGGGUGCAUAGCAUCAACAACACAUUACCAGCGGGGCUUUGGAAAUAUAUAUAAAAAACGCUCAGAGGCCUUCUAUCUACUUAGCUUAUGACGAAGACAAAUGACGAUUAAUGAACGUUUAUUUGUGUUUUGAAAAAGAUUGGUUCAUAAAUUUGGGUUUCUUUUUGAAUAAAAGUUUGGUUGAUUGUAGCCCCACAGAUGCAUCUGACAAAUAGUUAAUAAAAAUAUGCAUAAAGUAGCCUUUGAAAAGAAACAAUGGGAAUGGACGAAUUAAUUGGACGUUAAGUCACGGGCUGUA